CAGGAGGUUGGGAGAAGAUGAGGCUGAGCAUGCACGGACCGGAUGCAUAAUUGGCCUACCUUAGUCAUAGAUUUCCAUUUGCCUUGUCUAGUUUCUUGCCAAAUUACUGUUUAAUGUCGAACUACAGCCGGAGCGGCGUAGAAAGUGAUUAACGGUGACGGCAGAAGAAAAAGAAAAAGAAGAAGAAGAGGCAGAAGAGGAGCGCUGAGAGGAGCACGGCAUCAAAUUGCACCGGAUGUCAUUACACGCUCUUAAAUAUCGUGGACUAUAAUCAAGACCAAAGGCAGAGCCAUGGAGGUUGUAACACAUUUUGUGAAUGACACUGUAGAAUUUUACAAAUGGAGCCUUACUAUAGCAGACAAGAGGGUGGAGAGCUGGCCGAUGAUGGCAUCCCCCCUCCCCACACUGGCCAUCAGCUGCCUGUACCUGCUCUUCCUGUGGGCGGGGCCUAGAUACAUGCAGGACCGCCAGCCCUACACACUGAGGAGGACCCUCAUAGUCUACAACUUCAGCAUGGUGGUCCUCAACUUCUACAUCGCCAAAGAGCUCCUAAUAGCCACUAGAGCAGCCGGGUACAGCUACCUCUGUCAGCCUGUCAACUACUCCAAUGAUGUCAAUGAAGUCAGGAUAGCAUCUGCUCUUUGGUGGUACUACAUCUCCAAAGGAGUGGAAUUCUUGGAUACAGUCUUUUUCAUCCUGAGGAAGAAGUUCAACCAGGUCAGCUUCCUCCACGUCUACCAUCACUGCACCAUGUUCAUCCUCUGGUGGAUUGGCAUCAAGUGGGUUCCCGGCGGACAAGCGUUUUUUGGUGCAACCAUCAACUCUUCCAUCCACGUCGUCAUGUACGGUUACUAUGGCCUGGCAGCAUUGGGACCUCAGAUGCAAAAGUACCUCUGGUGGAAGAAAUACCUCACCAUUAUUCAGAUGAUCCAGUUUCACGUGACCAUCGGCCACGCCGGCCACUCCCUCUACACUGGAUGUCCGUUCCCCUGCUGGAUGCAGUGGGCUCUGAUUGGCUACGCCGUCACCUUCAUCAUCCUCUUCGCUAACUUCUACUACCACGCUUACAGAGGCAAACCUUCCUCCUCGCAGAAAGGAGGCAAACCCGUCGCAAACGGCACUUCCGUGGUGACUAACGGUCAUAGCAAAGUGGAGGAAGUGGAGGAUAACGGAAAAAGGCAAAGGAAAGGAAGAGCAAAAAGGGAGUAAAGAAGGAAGUGGGGCUUGCUUGGUGAUAAACAGAAAAGGUUGUUUUAAGGGCCAGAGAAGGAGGUAGGGUAGGGAAGGAACAGAGAGUUCAAACCAGACGACCAUCCCUGCAAAUUAUGUAGACGGAUGGGAUUUGUGACCAACUUGAGAGGGAGAAUGGGUAGCACUGUGUAUUUGUGGGUGUGUCUGUAAUGGGUUCUGGUUUUGAAAAGAAGAGAGGGGUGUUGGUUUUCUCCAUAACAAUUUAUUUUUUUUGAAAGUGCUGACCACGUAGGCUCUGUGCUCUUCUGUCCAACUGUGUUUUGGACCAUAAUAGGACCAAUAUAUUAAAGGACCUACAACCUGCUCAGCAUCCACUAUCUUAUCAACCAAAAUUCACCUCCAACUUUUGUACUCUGGAUACCAGUAUUGUUUUAACUGAAAGCUUAAAUAGUCUUUAAUAUGCUGAUUUAUUUUAUAGUGCUCUAAAAGAUCGUUAAAGGUUUUAACUAUUACCAACAAAGGAACAUGCAGAGGUUUAUACCAAAGGAUUUUUUUCCUGGUUUCAGGGGAAAUUUUUGUUUACGAAUAGUUAGAAUUACGUGAGGUUAGCAAAUAAAAAAAAAAAUAAAAAAAUCACAUUAUAAAUUUCUCACAUCUGCCAUCUGCUGGAUUCAAUUACUUCUACCAAUCCAACACGUCAUGGACUUUACAUUUCAUUCCUGUCUCAAACUGAUAUAACUGUGCUGCAUUUACGUAAUGACUUGCUAUUUUCUUUGUGUUCAUUGUGAAUUUAAAACAUUUAAGGGGAAGGGGUUGUAGUUUCUUUUAGAAUUUAUGCAAAUUUGUGGGUGUCUUUGUUAUAAUACAUAUUUUUUUGUGGGUCCUCAUGAUUUUUUUUUUUUUUUUUUUUUUUUUGCUGUGCGAUGUAGCGGAGGUGCAAGAAUAAGAGCUUGAAGUUCAGCUCAGUAUUAUCUCACUGCCACUUAGGACUGAAGGGAAACUCAUCCUGAUCCUUUUUUUUAAAAAUGAAAAACAAAUGGUAAUUUCAUUGUCUCAUUAAAAUGAAAGUGAAUCAGCUUCUGGCU